GGUUGUUUCAUGUGAUUGACGAACCCUCCACUCCGAGUUCGAAUGGCGAACGACGAGUACCGCCAUUUGGAAAAGCGGGUUCUUGCGUGUCAAUUGUUCGUGUCUGGACUCUAUCCGUCCUGCUCUGCCGGUCAAUGGAUCACCUUCUUAUUUGCCGAAAUGGGGUUGCCUCGUCCGCAAGAUCGUUGUUAUAUUUCAUCUCGACAGACCUCUUUUGGCCCUGCUGAGAUGACGAUGUGGGCUUCGAUGGGCUUCGAAAAAGGCCGCGGACUUGAACCAUCCAGCGAUGCUGGAUAUUUCCUCGAGCAACGAUCACACGAUCACCACCUGUUGGAAUGUUGAAAUGUUUAUAUCAGAAUGAUAUGGAAACGCACAACGGGAUCAGCUAAUUCAUCUCCACUACGGCAUCCUUCGCAAACACACAUGCGGGCUAGUAAGCUCAACCCGCCUUCUAUGCCCGGUUGGCCUGAUGGCGGCCCUGCUGCCAUCAAAAUUCUUCUUACAAGCAUGUGUCGAAUCGAUGACACUCCCCGAGUUGUUUGCCAUUGAUUCCCGGUCAACCCUCUUGCUGACGGCUCAAUACUCACCGAGACCUGUAGG